CCCCCACAGACCCCUCGAGGGAGAUUAAAUCUUACUGUCGACAAGACACUAUGGAAGAUAAUAGUGCCUGUUUCUCUUCUCUUACAAACAUGCUUAGUGGUCCAUGACUUCCUGUGAUAACUACACAUCUGUGUAAAGUUUGUAACAUCACUGAGGCUCAACAUGAUUGCAUCUAAAUGUAAUUUGGUCAGUGAUCAGUCUACAAUAUAUUCAAAGGAGUGCUCCAUUGUUUUUCAAUGUAACCUCUAUCUGCUGGGUCUGUAGCAUACAGUCAGUUACCAUUGGCAAUAAUUUUGAGGACAGAAAGGACAGAAAACCUUUGAAAUGAGUUUGGAAGGCACUGGGCAGGUGCGUUGACGUCUAUUAUAAAUGUGUUUUGAGGAUAUGUUUUCCUCAGUUCUUUUUUUAAGAGAUUUUAUAUUGGUUUCAAGUCAAUAGAUGACAUUUUUAAUUAGAAUCUUUCAUCCUUUUUCUUGAAAACCUGUGGCCAGCAUGCCCAACAUGAGUAAGGCGUAAAAUAGUGAAACAGUCCAUAAGACUUAUUUCCAUACAUCCUGUUUCAGUUCCUCUUGUAUCUAGUUUACAUACAAGAUGCUGUCUUCUCUCUCACACUGUCAGUCAUGAUCCGUCAGAUGUACCAAUGUAUAUUAUUGGGAGUUGCAGUCAUGCUGCUAAAUGCAGGUGACAAUGGUGCAGCUCACCAGGACCCCAGUAUCUCCGUCAGUCUGAAAGAGAUGACUCUCGUUGACCAGAUCAGGCUCACAUGUCUAACUUCACCACAUCAUAAUCUGCCGUGUUCUUUCUACGGCUGUCUUACCAAAUCAACAUGUGAAAUUAACAUCUCUCAAAGCCAGCAGUGUGUCCUCGACAUGAGUGGAGAUAAACUGUUAGGAUCUGGAGCUCUACAGACGGAUGGAAUCAGGACAAAGAUACACGUAUACUGUAUUGUGACAAACGGGACUGAAAACAAUAACAGCAAGAAAGAAAUGAUAGUGGUGUGGAGAAUAAGUCUACCGAUGUCAUACGCUGUCUUUGCACUGGGUGUGUUAGGCUCUCUUAUCGUCCUCUCUUUGGCCUCUCUCUGCAUAACAUGCAUCAUCAGCAUAUCCACAAAAGGAAGCAGAAAGGCCUAUCGUAUCAGAAGUGGCAAAGCUCUGGAAGGCAAAAGAGAUAAUCAUAAGCUAAAGGGUUAUGAUGCAGAUUCUGCACCUGAAGAAGAUGAGGACGAAAAAGAGGCAAAGGUAGCUGAAGACGAGCUGUGCUACGCCACAGUGAUCCACCCUGAAAACUGUGCUCGCUCCAUCACGUUCGAGCAAAGGACGGAAUACGCCACAGUGGUCAUAAAUACGCCGGAUACUAACAAACAGCAGUCAAAGCAAAAUUUAGAUGCUGUUGAUAACACUGAUGAUGCUGGUAAAGAUGAGGGCUUUGACUCUAUAUAACUUCAGUGUAUGUAUUCAAACAGGAAACAGAUCUGGAGAUUUCUGUCUGGAGAUGAUGUGUAAUUUGUUUAAUGAAGGCCUAAACAGAGGAAGUUUGUGGAGUAAAUUAAUUGUCAGUGAUAAAGUAGUGAAAUAUUGAGGAAAAAGCCAUUGUGACAUUAAGGAAGAUAAAAUGAUUUGUGCAAAACAGAUCUGUAUACACUUUAUAUAAAAAAGAAAUUGUGAGCCUUUUCUGCUGUAUUACAUUUAUCUGAUCUUUAGUUACAUAUAACUAUCUCUAUAAUGUUUCUUUUUUUCUAUUGAGGCCUGUUAUUUCAUGUAUUACUGACAUAAUUUGUAUCUUAACAUGUACAUAUCUUCAAAGAUUGAACAAGAAUAUUAUCUCUGUCUAAACAAAACUGUGUAUCUCAAAAAUUGUAACUUUACAGGAGAAGGUAAAAGCAUUCUUAAUUUGUAAUGUGAGUUAUUGUAAUGAGAUUUUAAAUUAGAUUUUUCCAAAAGAAAUUUGGAAGCAUUUUUAUUGGUCUAUUCAUCAUGAAAUGUUCACGCAAUGUAAAAGGCAGCAACUGUGUGCGAAUGAUGUAGAAAAAUGUUAUUGAGAUCUUAUUGACCUUUAGUAACCUGUCUAUUGAACCUGGUUAAUACAGGUUUUAUUUUCACCUGAAAUUCUCUGGAGUUCUUGUGCACAGAGAACAUCUUUUCUGACUUAUGGUUGAUUUUUGCUGUAUUUUUUCAUUGCUGAUCAAUCAAGGGGAAAGGAGAAAACUCUCUGUAAUCAGUUUUUGAUUAUUAAAAAUACAUUUAUAAAACUUGAACCAUUGGUCUGUAUUAAUUUCAACAUUUUCCUCCUCUUUGGA